CGAACGAGACCAUAAGUUCUAAAGUGAGCUACUGUUUCUGUUCAAAACAUGGGAUAUUGUGUCAAAUAGAACUGUGUUUAUUUUCACAAGUCAGGUACAAAACAUCGCUUUCACCCGAACGUAAAUAUUUAAUAUCGUUCGAUAUGUUAUCCUACGUAAAACUUCUUAUCGUCACGUGGCUCCUUCGAGCACAAAUUGCGUCUGCACAACUUGUGGAAGUAGACGUUAGCACAUGUCAACUGCCACCGAAAUUGGCGCAGGAAAUAGAUUCGUAUGCCCCGAUCGUCAAAAAUAUAAUAAACGAGGCAACCGUAGGAUCCUUCAAGAAUGUCACCUGGAACGAAUUAGCAUACUUCGUUGACACGUUUGGACCGAGAGUAUACGGCAGCGAUGUGUUGGAAAAAUCGAUUGAUUAUGUGUUAAAUAAAUCGAUCGAAUGUGGCUUGGAAAAUGUACAUGGGGAACCCGUUACUAUACCUCAUUGGGUUAGAGGAAAAGAGUCUGCUACACUUAUACUACCAAGACGAAAAGAUAUGGCUAUGUUGGGAGUAGGUUCCAGUGUUGGUACCCCACCUGAAGGCAUCACUGCAGAGGCAAUCGUUGUUAACACUUUCGAUGAGCUGCACCGAAGAAAAAAUGAAGUACGUGGAAAGAUCGUUGUCUUCAAUCAGAAAUUUGUUUCGUACCUGGAAACCUCGGAUUAUCGAAUUAACGGAGCAUCGGUAGCAUCGAGAUAUGGCGCCGUUGCUGCAUUAAUCAACUCAGUUACUCCGCUGUCGUUGUACACUCCACAUACAGGCGAACAAUUCUACCAUAAUAAUGUUACCAAAAUCCCAGUUGCUUGCAUCACUCAUGAAGAUGCUGCUUUGUUGAGAAGAAUGUCAGAAAGAGGUCAAACUAUAAAAAUAAAUUUGAAAAUGGGAGCGAAAAAUUUGCCAGAUACGACAUCGCGAAAUGUAGUAGCUGAACUAAGGGGCACCAGAAAUCCAGAGAAAGUGGUUGUUGUAUCCGGUCACAUCGAUAGUUGGGACGUUGGUCAAGGAGCAAUGGACGAUGGCGGUGGUGCUUUUAUUUCGUGGGAAGCUCUGAAGCUCUUGAAACAUCUUAAUUACAGACCAAAGCGCACAGUAAGAAUGAUUAUGUGGACCGCUGAAGAACCCGGAAUCAUUGGAGCUAAUCAGUACAUAAAAGCUCACAAAGCCGAGGAACACAACUUACAAUUUGUAAUGGAGUCGGAUCUCGGUACCUUCAUGCCCUUGGGAAUGGAGUAUUCCGGAACGGAUCAAGUCAAGUGUAUUUUAGGAAGAAUUCUGAAACUUUUAUCUCCAAUGGGAGAAAUGAGACUACGCACACCCAGUUUGGGUCCUGACAUCGAUUCCUGGGUGGAAGCUGGAGUUCCAGGAGGUUCACUUUGGAGUUCGAAGAAUGACGAAUACUUCUAUUAUCACCAUACUAACGCAGAUACCAUGUUGGUCGAGGAUCCGGUAGCUCUUGACAGAGGAACAGCCUUGUUUGCUGCUGUGGCAUACGUGCUUGCUGACAUUAGUGUCGAUCUUCCUCGAACCAAGUGAUCGCAAACUUAAUACUAGAACUGUCAACCAACUCACUGAUUUUUAUAUUUUACGUUACGAAGUUUAACACUAGAACUGUCCAUUACACAAACUCAUUGACGUCAAGUUUUAAUUUAGUUGUUAAAACCUGUUAAUCUUUGGCAAACAGUUAAAAGCUGUUUACCUUUGGCAAAGUAUUUUUGUCCAAAUUGAUUGAAUGUUCCUUGAUACUGCAUUUAUCUAUUUAUUUUUCUACUUUGUUUCAAGUUUGAAAAUAAACAUUUAAUUCCGGUAGUUCUAGUGUUAUCUGUGACAAAUUCUGAUGAGAAUUUUUCAAUUUAAAAUGAGGACAAAGAGACAGUUGUCCAAUUUAAGUUACAAUGCAUUCUAAAUGACUUUCAAAAGUUUCGUUAAAUUUUAUACGAAUUUGAUAUAUUAUAAUUAGACUGCAUUGCUGAAAGGUUGUAAAAUUCUCGUAAAUCUUAUUUAAUAGGAAUUUCACGAAAUCAGUAUGUGUUGUAAUUUUUUACCUGAAUAAAGUGUGACUGAAAGCUUAA